AUGGCAUCACUAGUCGAGAUCUACCAGAGGCACUGGUCUGUUCCUUCCCAGAGCCGAGGGAAAACUCUGUCUACUUACUUCGGAUUUGCCGCGACCAUUCAUCCUUCUUCACGGUUUCUGCAAUGGCUAGCACAAAGGGCCAGGUUAUCAAGUGCAAGGCAGCUGUUGCCUGGGAAAAGGGCCAGCCUAUGACCAUUGAGGAAAUAGAAGUGGCCCCACCAAAGGCGAGGGAAAUUCGGGUUAAGAUCAUAGCCACAGGCCUGUGCCACACUGACGUGACUGGAUGGAAGGGCGUUCUGAUCGAGGGCAAGUUCCCCUGCGUCCUGGGGCACGAAGCCAGCGGGGUCGUCGAGAGUGUGGGAGAUGGAAUCACCUCAGUGAAAGAGGGUGACCAUGUCCUGGUGUCUUCCAUGCCCCAGUGCCACGAGUGCUUCAUGUGUAAAUCGCCCAACUCGAAUCUGUGCGUGAAAUUCCUCGAAUCUUUGGGAGCCAAUGGUACUUUAGCUGACGGUACAACCCGUCUCUCCUGCAAGGGCAAGACGAUCUAUCACUUCAUCUCUUGUUCAACCUUCGCUCAAUAUGCCGUUCUUCAGGACGGUUUCUUCACAAAGAUAAGAAAAGAUGCUCCCAUGGACAAAAUGUGUCUCCUCAGUUGUGGAGUAACAACAGGCUAUGGAGGACCCGUCAAAGUAGCAAAGGUCACACCAGGAUCAACCUGCGCAGUUUUUGGCCUCGGAGCCGUUGGUCUUGGCGCAGUCAUGGGCUGCAAGCGUCAGGGAGCAGGAAGGAUCUUUGGUAUCGAUAUCAAUAACGAUAAAAAGGAAGUUGGAAAGCUCUUUGGAGUGACAGACUUUGUGAACCCAAACGAGUACCAGAAGCCCAUUGACCAGGUACUGAUGGAGAAGACACAGCAGGUGGGCUGUGACUACACCUUCGAGUGCAUUGGCAACUUAGGCGUCAUCCAGUCAGCACUGAAUGCCUGUCGUUUGGGCGAGGGACAGUGCGUCGUUAUAGGAGUGCCCCCCUCUGGAAGCACCAUUGAAGUUGACCCAAUGCAACUGCUUUUCAGCAAGGUCCUCACAGGAUGCUUCUUUGGAGGACUGGAGCCUUCGGAGGUACCUGCCCUCGUCGACGAUUACAUGAACAAGAAGCUCAUGCUGGACGAGCUCAUAACUCACACACCUCCUAUAGAGGACAUAACGAAAGCCUUCGAUCUCUUGAUUCAGGGGAAGACUCUCAAGACUGUCUUGCACUUCUGAGCCAUGAGACGUAAAUGAGCAACUGGGGAAUCUGAGGAUAAUGAAUUAUUAAGACAAAUGAUGAUAAAAAAAAAAAAUUCAUUUUCCUCACAAUCGCCACCACUCCAUUGGCCAUCUCCUGCCCUCUACAACAACUCCCAUAGCAAAA